CCUCACCCCGCCCCGCGCAGCCGCCGCAGCCACCCCGAGCGCGAGCGGACGCCGGCGGGAGCCGUUCCCCGACGGGCAGCGGGGCGCUCGGCCGCCGCGUCUGGGUUGAGCGCGGUGACGCUGCUGCCCCCCGAAAUCUUCCCGGAUCUUGAGGCGUAUGGAACCUCAAGGUCUUUGUGAUAAUGGAAACCAAAAAAUUGAUUGGUAAACCGCUUCAACCAGCAAGACCUGUUCGCCAUCUGACUUCUCCCCCUGGAGCAGUAUUCCCUUUCAACUUUCAGAAUGAAUAUGCAUGUAACACCCAGUGCUUACAAAGUGGAGUUAGCAGAUGUAAGACAAAUGGAAUGCAAGCCUUUACUCAAGGUCUUAAUGAACAACAACAACAUCAGUCUCCAGUUAAAAAAGAGAGAAUUAAAUACAGCAGAGAUUUCCUGUUGAAGCUCUCAAGUGUUUCCAUCUGCCGAAAAAAACCAGACUUUCUGCCUGAUCAUCCCAUUGUACUUAAAAAACCAGAAAACAACCAAAGUUUUAAGUAGCAUUUUAAGAACAGAUGGAUUUGAAAAUAAAGAAUAUUCAUUUUAUAUUUUGGACACCUGCAAAUGAAGUGGAUCUAGUGACAAUGACUGUGACAAUUUAUUUUUAAUUUUAAUGGUUGGGUAUUUGGUUUCUCCUAAAAUGAGAUAUUUUAAAGUAUAAAGAAUUCUCUAAUUCUCUAAUCAGUUUCAGCUUUGCAGGCAAUUUCCUGCAUAAAUUGGGAAGUAACACUGGAAAGUAAGAAUUUGGUUAGUGGAAGACUGAAUUUAUAAUUUGCAUGCUACUUGCAAUGUAUUUUUCAUCACCUGUAAUAAUGGAAUGGAAAUGUAAGCUGUAAAGAUUCUCAAAUAUAAAAUAUUUGCUACAAUGCAUACGUAA